AACGACUCAAACAAGUAAGCCCCAGCAGACUACUUUUCUCUGUUUCUAGCGCUUUCUUUCUGUGUGGUUGCUCUUCUUUUCUUGUGUUUAUUGAUACAGAUCCUCAACUUAAGAAAAAACCCAGUUCACUUUUGGUAUCAGAUGUUCAGAGAAAGAUAAAUAUAUAACAAUUCCCUCUCAUUACCUCAUGCAAUUUAAUCAACAUUUGUUGGUACAUUUAUUGAGAACAACCUGCCAAACCAGGCCAAUCAUAAAGCAGAAUUGAAUACUUCCAUUUAAGGAGAUUGAGGUUGCAAGAGAAUGAAGAACUCGGUUUCGGACCAGAGUUUCUACAUUGAGAGUGAAGAUGAGGAAGAUGAGGAGAAAGUGUUUAACAGACAUGAAGGAGAAGAUGAUGGAAAUGAAUCUGACGUAUCUGAUUCUUCGGCUGAAGACCAGCAGCAGAAUAAACCCAGUUCCUACAACACGUCAUGGCCUCAAAGUUACAGGCAGUCUAUUGAUUUGUACAGUAGUGUACCAUCUCCAAGUAUCGGGUUCUUGGGCACUCCUACACUUUCAAGAUUAGGCAGUUCGUUUCUUUCCUCAUCGUUUACAAGAAGACAUACCCCGGAAUCAUUAUCUGCAGUGACAAAACCUCUACUACCAACAGUAGAUGAUCAAAUACAGCCUCAUAGACGUAGUUCGCACACUCUCCUACCCCCCAUUCCAUCAAGGAGACAAUCUGUCAGAGUAGAUGACAAGACCUCCAAGGUCUCCCAUGAACUUCCAAUUUCUCGCCAGUGCUCAUACGGGCAAGCUGUGCUAAAUGGCAUCAAUGUGCUAUGUGGAGUUGGAAUCCUUUCAACCCCAUAUGCUGCCAAGGAAGGAGGAUGGUUGGGGCUCAUAAUAUUAUUCACGUUUGCAGUGCUUUCGUUUUACACUGGACUCCUCUUGCGCCAAUGCCUGGACAGUGAGCCUGGGCUUGAAACUUACCCAGAUAUUGGUCAAGCCGCAUUUGGAACCGCCGGCAGAAUUGCCCUCUCGAUAAUAUUAUACGCGGAGUUAUAUGCUUGUUGCGUUGAAUAUAUAAUUUUAGAGGGUGAUAACUUGUCAUCCUUAUUCCCAAAUGCACAUAUCAGUUUGGGUGGAUUUGAGUUGAAUUCCCAACGUCUGUUUGCAUUGAUGACAACCCUUGCUGUUCUUCCCACUGUUUGGCUCAGAGACCUCAGCGUUCUUAGUUAUAUCUCUGCUGGUGGAGUCGUUGCAUCAAUCUUGGUAGUACUUUGCUUGUUUUGGGUUGGCUUGGUAGAUCAAGUUGGCUUUCAUAACAAAGGAACGACAUUGAACCUGGCUAGUCUUCCUGUUGCUGUUGGGCUCUAUGGUUACUGCUAUUCAGGACAUGCUGUUUUCCCCAAUAUCUAUACCUCAAUGGCAAAACCAAGUCAAUUCCCUUCAGUCCUCAUAGCUUGUUUUGCAAUCUGUUCUUUGUUGUAUGCUGGAACUGCAAUUAUGGGGUACACAAUGUUUGGAGAAGCAACAGAAUCACAGUUUACUCUUAACAUGCCUAAAGAUCUGAUUGCUUCAAAGAUUGCUGUGUGGACAACGGUAGUCAACCCAUUUACCAAAUAUGCAUUAACCAUGUCUCCGGUGGCAAUGAGUCUUGAGGAGCUGAUACCGUCAACCCAUCUUAAGUCUCACAUCUAUGCUAUCUUAAUCAGAACAUCACUGGUGAUCUCAACCUUGAUUGUUGGUCUCAGCGUCCCUUUCUUUGGUUUGGUGAUGUCAUUGAUAGGGUCUUUACUCACAAUGCUUGUGACCUUGAUACUUCCUCCUGCAUGUUAUUUAAGCAUCCUGAGGAGUAAAGUAACCCGUAUUCAGGCUACACUUUGUGUAAUAGUUAUAGCAGUGGGAGUAGUUUCAUCAGCCUUUGGAACAUACUCAGCACUCUCCAAGAUUGUUGAGAAUUUGAGAAGCUGAGAGUUUUUCUGUUAUUUAACUUCUAGAGUUGCCUUGAUUAUGUAGACAAAGUUUAUUGCUGUGCUGCUUCUCCAUUUCCUAAAUGUUGAGUCAGUUGUGGAAUUUUGUAUCCCUACUCUCAAAGUUUUGAUGUGUUGUUGUUUUUCUUAUGUGAUUUACACAAAAGAGAUCAAAUAGAAUUCAUGAGAUGGCUUUUCUCUUGCUUU